CCAAGGGUCAGUGCUCAAUGAUGGGGCAGUCCUGGGCCUUUUAAUCCCAAAGUGACGUCAAAAACACCCGCCCACCGAGGAGCUCCCGUAGAUGUGCGUUGCUUCUAUGGUUCCGGUUGACACAGAGUGCCGCCCAUGCGGAGGAGGAGGUCACAUCCCACAACAAACUCUCAUUCUAGUCGCAAACUCUCCUGUCAGAGUCCCUCAUGCUGCUGGUUCGGCGUUCGGCGGUAGGGUUCGGCGGUGUGGCUCGAUGGGGACUGCGCUGUCUGUGCUCCGGAGACGCAGCGGGCCGGUACCGGGACACUGUGCUGCUGCCCCGCACUGACUUCCCCAUGAGAGUGAACGGGCCGAACCUACUGGAGCGAGAGAUCCAGAUCCAGCAGAAAUGUGGUUUUGAUCAGCUGUACACAUGGCAGAGAGAGAAAAAAGCUAAAAAGGAGUACUGCCUUCAUGAUGGACCACCGUAUGCCAAUGGGGACCCGCAUGUUGGGCACGCUCUCAAUAAGAUCCUCAAAGACAUCCGGAACCGUUUUGAGGUGCUGAGAGGCAGACAGGUGCACUAUGUGCCCGGUUGGGACUGCCAUGGGCUGCCCAUUGAGCUCAAAGCACUUGGAGACCUGGGAACCAAUGAGCUGACUCCUCUACAAAUCAGACAGAAAGCGCGGGAGUUUGCAGAGAGGGCCAUAUCCCGGCAGCGUGCUGCAUUCCAGCGCUGGGGUGUGAUGGCACAUUGGGAGAAUUGUUAUUACACCUUUGAUGGGAAAUAUGAGGCGGCCCAACUGAAAGUCUUCCAAGAGAUGCAUAACAAGGGUUUAAUUUAUCAGGACUAUAAGCCUGUUUUCUGGUCACCAUCAUCCAGGACGGCGCUUGCAGAAGCUGAGCUGGAGUAUAAUCCAGAACAUGUGAGCCGUGCUCUGUACAUCACUUUCCCCCUGCUCACCCUGCCAGCCAAACUCGCUGCCAAAGCAGAAAGUUGGGGUCAUGUGUCUGCUCUGAUAUGGACGACUCAGCCAUGGACUAUUCCAGCCAAUCAAGCGGUUUGUUACAUGCCCAACGUACAGUACUCUGUAGUGAAGCGAGCUGAUAAUGAGCAGCUCCUCCUAGUGGCCUCAGAGCGCAUCAACAGCCUCGCCUCUAUGCUGAAGACAAAUCUGGAAAGUUUGGCCACAUUCGCAGGGUCAGACCUCGAAGGUGGAGUCUGUCAGCAUCCCACAAUUCCUGCAAAACAAGUGUCUUUGUUGCCGGCUAAUCAUGUGACCAUGACUAAGGGAACGGGAUUGGUCCACACAGCUCCUGCCCACGGCAUGGAGGACUACGGUGUUGCUACACACUUUAAUCUGCCAGUAGAGUGCAUAGUGGAUGAGGAGGGCAGGUUUACAGAACUGGCUGGGCCUGAACUGCAGAAGAAAUCUGUGAUGACUGAAGGCAAUGCCACAGUAAUCUCAAUGCUGCAGGCAGUGGGUGCCAUUGUGAAGGAGGAGGACUGUGUCCACAGCUACCCGUAUGACUGGAGGACCAAACAGCCAGUCGUGAUCAGAGCCAGUAAACAAUGGUUUAUUAACACAGCCAGCCUCAAAGACAAAGCUAAGGAUGCUCUGCAGAAGGUGCGUGUGAUACCUGAAUCGGCGAGGUCUAGUUUGUUGGCAAUGUUGGACAGAAGAACAUACUGGUGUAUAUCUCGGCAGAGGAGCUGGGGCGUCCCCAUUCCAGUGUUCUACCAUAAAGAGACUGGAGAGCCACUCUUAAACAAACAUUCAGUGACAAACAUUGCUAAGGUUUUCUCUGAGAAGGGGAGUGACAGCUGGUGGACGGAGCCAGUGGAGAAGUUUCUGACUCCAGAGGUUCUUCAGAAGAGUAAAGCAGGUGCAGUAUCUGAUUAUGUGCGGGGUGAAGAUGUCCUGGAUAUCUGGUUUGAUAGCGGGACCUCAUGGGCCGCUGUGCUACCAGAAUCAGAUCCGCGUGCAGACUCAUACGUUGAAGGGAAAGAUCAGGUCGGCGGUUGGUUUCAGUCGUCUCUGCUCACCAGUGUAGCUGUACGGAAUAAAGCCCCUUACAAAGCUCUAGUGGUCCAUGGAUUUGCCGUGAGUGAGAAAGGAGAAAAAAUGUCUAAGUCCGUAGGCAACGUGAUCGACCCAGAUGUUGUUAUUAAUGGAGGGAAGGACUUGUCUGUCUCCCCUCCAUAUGGUGCUGAUGUUUUGAGAUGGUGGGUUGCAGAGUCGAAUGUGUUCUCUGAGGUUCAGAUCGGGCCGAACACACUAAACGCUGCUAAAGACAGCAUCAACAAGCUGAGGAACACACUGAGGUUUCUCUUGGGGAAUCUCCAGGGUUUUGAUCCUCGUUCCCAGGCCGUGGACCCUAAACAAAUGCACUACGUAGAUCAGUACAUGCUGCACGUGCUCAGAGAGUUCAGCAUGAAGGUAACGGAUGCUUACAGUGCAUUUGACAAUGGCCGUGUCAUCCGUCUGCUGCAAUCCUUCAUCACUAGAGAUUUAUCCAACUUCUAUUUCAGCAUCAUUAAAGAUCGGCUGUAUUGUGACCCUGAGGACUCCCUUGGUCGGAGGUCAUGUCAGACGGUUCUAGAAGAGAUUCUGGAUGGAGUGAGCCGUUCUAUCGCUCCUGUGCUCCCUCAUCUCGCUGAGGAGGUGUACCUGCACGCUCCUGGACAUGAUGAGGGGGACACUUUGUUUCGUAGCGGCUGGAUUAAGACCAGUUCUGUGUGGCGGAGGCCAGGACUGGAGGAAGCAGUGGAGGGUGCGUGUGCUAUCAGAGAUUCCUUCCUGUCAUCUAUUCCGGGAUGUAAUGCUGCCGAGUAUGAACUCAUCAUUGUCAUUGAGCCCGGCCUGUUCUUUGAGCUCAUUGAGUCUCUUCAAGAGGAACCCACUUCCACCUGCUCCCAACUGACAGAGCUCAUGAUGGCCUCACGCACGACUUUGACAAGCUCUCUCCCACGAGAUUUGCCAUCGGAUGCCGUCACAAGCACAGGAAGCUUCCUCAUCAACCUGGAAGGGGGCAUGAUUCGUGAGGAGAGUUCAUACAGUGUAGCUGCGAUGCCCACCUCUCUGUCACGCUGUCCGAGAUGUCGACAGUACACCUCAGAUGAGCCAGACUGCCUCUGCCCACGAUGCCAAACCGUGCUGGAAAACGCCAAGUAAUCACCUCGACUGUUGCCAUGACUACUGCCCACCCACUGGCCCUCCUCGUCCUCCUCUUCCUCUGGUGAAAAAGACUGCAAGGGCUAACAUGGACCAGUGUGAAGCUGCUAUUGUAACGGGCAGAAGGUUGUCUGAAGCUGUGGGAGAGGGGGGUCGUGUUUCUCAGGGGUCAAACAGGAGAUGAACUGUUAUAAACGAAUAAAGCAGGAAUUUGGAAGGAAAAACCAAACAGUAGAUUCUUAGCUGAGGCAAAAAAUGUCCACAAAAACCAGAUUCGGACAAAAACAGCGCUGUUCUCUGCUGCAGGUUAAGCAAAUUGAUUCAGUACACUGAAAAGGGCCUUUGUAUAUGUCCAUAUGUGCUUGUUUUUGCAGUGGGUGAGAGGUUUGGUUGAACAGGUCUAUCUUAUUUUUAUGUAUAUUAAGUCAUGAAGGGGUAUAUUUUGAACUGAAGAUGUACUGUAAUGUCAGUGUGACUUAUUCAUGAAGCCAAAGCAGAAGUCUGUUGUGAAAUCAGUCUUAAAUUGCAACAUUGUUGAAGGUUGCCGUUUAUCUAACAAAGGCUUUGCAAAAUUUACACGUUCAUUCUGCUCGUUUCAUAAAUGAGGCUCAGUGAGAGGAGAGUUUGUCAGUUUUAGUUUCUCGGUUUACCUGUAAAUUGAUGCUUUAUGACGUCACUUUGAUUGCUAAACCAAUAAACAACGUACAUACAGGAAAGAGAAUAU